UUGAAAAUGCGUCACUGAUUUAAACACAGACUUUCCAUCUUCCGUUUUUGGCUAGGUUUCUUUUACGCUCAACUUUACGCUCGUAGGUGCGUUUUCGGUCGGUGGAUGUGUCAGUCAGCGUCUCUGACGCGAGAAGUGGCGCAUCGCAGCCAUCAGGGUUAUGAACAAUUCGGUGUUUUUCAUGCAAGAUACCCUCUGUUUUCCCGCGGAUUAAUGCAAUCGUCGUCGGUUGCAUGCAGCAAAGCGAUGGGGAAUUGAUAGAUUAAACAGUAGCCUAUUAUUAUGAUAAACAGAGACGCUCAUCCCAAAGCCGUAUAUUUGUUUUAUAUGCCGAAAUGAGGCAGGGGGCGGAAAGUCGCCGCAGAAACAGUGGGUUUUGGCCAAACAUCACACAGUUUCAGUCCAUAAUUGACGUUAAAUCGUGGGUUUGCGUUGCUUUUGGUGCAAAAUUACCGAAUUGAGCGAAUUUUGCCAGAGAAAUGCAGCUUGCUUGAAGACACCCCAGAUAUCGGUUGGCUACUGCUGCCAUGACAGGUAGAGGUCUCCUCUCGACUACGGCGUCGCCGGUUGGAGAAUAAACAGGUUGAUUGGGACGUGAUCUCAGCUGCGGAACUGCCAAUGUCGGAUGUUAUUAUUAGUGGAGCCUGAUCCUGUAAAUAUAAACGCAAACAUACAGUAAUUCGGGAAAAACUCAGGGAAAAUGUCUUCUCGUUCUGCAUUACCGUCUGGAAACGACAGGAGCACGGACCAUCAUGUGUCUCUAGCCGCCAGUCGCUCAGACAAGGGCACUAGCCUGUCCAGCCGCUCACUGGGCGCCCGCUGCAGGAACUCCAUCGCCUCCUGCUCUGACGAGACUCCGCACAUCGGCAACUACCGCCUGCUUAAGACCAUCGGCAAGGGCAACUUCGCCAAGGUCAAGCUGGCCCGCCAUAUCCUGACGGGCAAGGAGGUUGCAAUAAAAAUAAUUGACAAAACUCAGUUGAAUCCAACCAGCCUACAAAAGCUCUUUCGAGAGGUUCGGAUAAUGAAAGGUUUAAAUCAUCCAAACAUAGUGCAGCUGUUCGAAGUGAUUGAGACGGAUAAGACCCUUUAUCUAAUCAUGGAGUAUGCCAGUGGAGGUGAAGUGUUUGACUACCUCGUAUCUCAUGGGAGAAUGAAGGAGAUUGAAGCCAGAGCCAAAUUUCGGCAGAUCGUGUCUGCUGUCCACUACUGCCACAUGAAGAACAUUGUCCACCGAGACUUGAAGGCCGAAAAUCUCCUGCUGGAUGCCAACGCCAACAUCAAAAUUGCCGACUUCGGCUUCAGCAACGAGUUCACACUGGGCAACAAGCUGGACACGUUCUGUGGCUCUCCACCCUACGCCGCCCCGGAACUGUUCCAGGGGAAGAAAUACGACGGGCCCGAGGUGGAUGUCUGGAGCCUGGGGGUCAUACUGUACACGCUGGUGUCAGGAUCGCUGCCCUUCGACGGGCAGAACCUCAAGGAGCUUCGUGAGCGCGUCCUGAGGGGAAAGUAUCGCGUGCCCUUCUACAUGUCCACCGACUGCGAGGGGAUCUUACGCCGGUUCCUGGUGCUCAACCCUACCAAGCGCUGCACCCUAGAUCAAGUCAUGAAGGACAAGUGGAUAAAUGCAGGGUAUGAUGAGGAUUCCCUGAAGCCCCAUAUAGAGCCUGUCGAGGACUACAGUGACACUAGUCGCAUAGAGGUGAUGGUGGGGAUGGGCUUCACUCCAGAGGAGAUCAAGGACGCUCUGCUCAACCAGAAGUACAAUGAGGUUACCGCCACUUAUCUACUGCUGGGCCUCAAGAACGAGGAUGGCAGCGAGUCUCGUUUGGCCAGUACCCUGUCCUUGGCACGGAUCCGGCCCAGCCCCAUCACCAAUGGGACCAACAAACACUCCUCAGCCACUGCAGGCUCCUCUUCCUCCUCUUCCUCGCAUAGCAAGACCCAGCGCAGCACCUCCACCUAUCACAGGCAGCGGCGGCACAGUGACUUCUGUGGGCCCUCCAUGCCCGUCAUGCACCCCAAGCGGAGCCCCACCAGCACGGGUGACCGGGAGCUGCGGGAGGGGCGCAUGCCACCGCGUAAGGCCAGCUGCAGUGUGAUGGGCAGUCGCUCGCUGCCCCCCUCCAGCCCCAUGGUCAGCAGUGCUAAUAAUCCCAACAAGUCAGAGAUCCCUGACCGCCGCAAGGAGAUGACGGCCACCACAGUGAGAAACAGUGAGAACAAUAUCCCGGGAAGUGCUAUGACCCGCCGGAACACAUACGUCUGCACGGACCGCUCCAGCACCGACAGACACUCCUUGCUGCAGAAUGGCAAGGAGAACAGCUCGCUGUCCCACCGCCUACCCCCCACCUCCCCCUCCACCCUGAGCAUCUCCGGGGCUGGGGCCUCCUCCUCUGGCGAGCGCUGCCGUCUGACACGGGGCUCCACGAUCCGGAGCACUUUUCAUGGGGGCCAGUUGAGGGACCGGGGCCCGCCCGUCUACUCGGCCCCGCCCACCUCCCCCACGCUGUCCCACCACGACGCCAGUCCACUGCCGCACGCCCGCAGCCGCGCCACUUCCAACCUCUUUACCAAACUCACCUCCAAACUCACACGCAGGGUCAAUCUUGACCCCUCUAAGCGCCAGGGCUCAAACAAAUCAGUCUCGGGUUGUACCCUUCCCCAGGGAUCAAAAACAGUUAGGUCACAAAUGAACCUGAGGGAAUCUGCCGAUCUGCGGUCACAAGGUCAGUAUAUGUCACAAGUCGCCAUUUACCUGGGCAUCAAAAAGCGGCCGAGCCCCGGGCCAUCGGAUGUGGCUGGAAUCUGAGGGUACCCCGGGGGCGGCGGGACCCAGCGGAGGUGGUGCUGGCUCUGUGGGAGGCGGCACGGGGCUGCGGCUGCCAGGUCCACCACGCCGGCCCCUUCCUGCUCUCCUGCACCCACGGGGCGUCCGGAGGUUGCGUGGCCUUCAAGGCAGAGGUGUGCCACCUCUCCACGGGGGGUGGUGCCUCCAACAAUAAGACUUCCAACGGGGUGCGCUAUACACGACUUUGGGGAGCACCGCUCGUUUUCCGGGACAUCGCCAUGCAAAUCUCAAAGGACCUCGAACUCUGAAUAUAAUGGGGGUUGAGAAUGAUGGAAAGAGAAAUACAGAGAAAGAGGGAUGUGGGGCUGGACUCAAGAUAAAAUACAUUUGCCCCUGUCUCUUACGUGGCUAUAGCCCUACCCCCCUCCGCACCAGUCUCAACCUAACCACCCGCCCCCAUCGCCACACCACCCAGACCCAAAUGUACCCCCCGCGUCCCUCUCACCACUACAACUGAACAGCUUCACCCACUGGAACCUGAUCAGACAGGAAUCCAGCUUAAAAUGUUUUACUGUUACCUCUAGCCAUAAUGACUAUUACUUUUAUGAUUGGUAUCAUUGUCUUUUUUAACGAUCACCAACUCCGUACCGACAACAUCAAAAACAUUCUCGAAAACAUUUCUCGUGUACAGAUAUAGGAUCUUGAUUUGAUCACCCUGUUGCAGGAUAACUUUCCUGCAAUACAGGAAAUGUAAAACUUGUAGUGUAUUUGAGGUUUAAAAAGGCUUCUGAAGUUUGUAAUUUCCACUUCAAAAUUUCAGACUUUAUUUUCCCUUACGAAAAAUGUAUCAACCCAUAAAACAUUUCCAUUAAUUAUAAUCCACAUAAUAAUUCAUAAUUCCUGUUGCUGCAGGAUUAUUUUCCUGCUGUAGCUAACUGGCUCAAAUUAAGAUCCUACAUCUAUGUAUGUAUUGCUCUUUCUUCUCCCAUUUGAACAUUGAUACUGAUGAAGUGAUCAUCCAAGGACUUCUGUGGACGAUAUGCACAAAUAGAGACAGUUAACUCAAGGAUUUGACAAGCGGCAUCAAAGGUUACUCUGUUUUUCUAUUUGUGCACAGUAUAGGCGGGAUUGGAUUGUUGGGCAAUGACAGAAGUUGACAAGACACUUUGUACCAGCCAAUGGGAACCUUCACAUCCAUUUCCACUAACAUCAUCAACUGAAAAAGGUAGUAGCUGGGGAUGUUAUCUCGGACACAUCAUGAAUCUAUCUCAGUUAGUCUUACUGCAUAUGACAUAAAUAAACUGGACUGAUA